UUUGUUAAUUUAAAGUUUGUAUUUAAUAUGGCAAAUGAUAAACCUCGUGGCCGAUGGAGUGAUAAGCCAAAUGAUAAAAAGCUCGUUUUUGAAACGGAUAAGGUGGAUACAACCAUUCAGGUUGGGGACUCACUCGAAGAUGUCAGAGGAGUCCAAAACAAAUCGUCGAUUUGGAGACCAAAGCAAUUGUCAUUCGCAAGGCGCUCCUGGGAACCGUCUGACUACAUCGAUUUCGAUGACCUGCUGCCGAUGCUUGGCCAGUUUGGCAAGUUCCAGUGGCGAAUGUUUCUGUUCAUGAUCCCCUUCUGCUACAUUACGGCCUUCGUAUAUCUGGGACAGAUAUUCAUGACCCUGAGUCCCACUGACUUCUACUGCUUCGAGCCAGAGCUGGAGCUGAUGACGGACAAGGAGUUGCGCAAGGAGCUCUCGAUUCCCCGGGAGAACGAUGGCUCCUACAGCCAAUGCCGAAUGUAUAAUACCAACUACUCGAGGAUCCGGUAUGCCAGGAACAAGAGUGCCAUGAUUGAUACAUCGCUACCGACGAUGCCGUGCAGGCACGGUUAUGUGUACAAUAAAUCGGAGAUGCCCUUCUUCACGGCCACCAUGGAGUUCGCAUGGGUCUGCCAGGAUGACAAGUAUGCCACCUAUGCGCAGAUCAUAUUUUUCGUCGGCUCCAUUCUGGGCAGUUUCGCCUACGGAUACUUUGCGGACCACUGCGGCAGGGUGGCGGCCUUGGUCAGCAGCUGCAGUCUGGCCAUCAUUGGUAGCGUAGGCACCGCCUUGUCCAACGGUUUCACAGCGUUUGCUAUCUUUAGGUUUAUGGUUGGCGCCUCCUGCGAUACUUGCUUUACCAUGGUGUACAUUUUGGUUCUGGAAUACGUUGGCCCCAAGUACCGCACCCUCGUGGCCAACUUGUCCUUUCUGCUGUUCUACUCGCCUUUCACCAUGAUGAUGCCCUGGAUAGCACUGGCCUCCAGAACGUGGAGGACAUUCUCCAUCCUGGCCGGCCUGCCCCUUUUGUUGUCUAUGUUAUCCUACUGGAUCCUGCCAGAGUCUGCACGCUGGCUCGUUUCCGUGGGUGAGGUCGAUAAGGCCAUGGACAUCUUGGAGGAAUUAAUACGUACAAACAAGAAGCAUGUGGAGCCCUGGGUCAUGGACUUGUUCCGGAGGUGCUGCCUGCAGUUCUACAAGGAGGAGAUGCAUGGACGUCAGUUCACGGUGUUCUCAAUAUUUAAAUACCGCCGAAUGGCCUGCUUCAUGCUCCUAUUGAUCUCCAUCUGGAUGGCCAUGUCUCUGGUUUACGAUGGUCAUGUUCGGGCAGCGAGUGUCCUUGACUCGCACAACGUGUUCGUCUUCUUUACCAUCGCCUGUGCCACGGAGCUGCCGGGCAAUAUUGUGGUAAUCCUUACCCUGGAUCGUUUCGGUCGCCGUUGGUGCUCCUUCGCCUUCACCAUGUUAAGCGGCAUCUUUAGUUUGGUGGGUGCCCGCAUGAUGAACGUGGCGCAUAUGAGGAACUUGGCGCUGGCUGGAAGGUUUUUCGCCAAUAUGUGCUACAAUGUGGGACUCCAGUGGGCGGCAGAGAUCCUGCCGACGGUGGUGAGGGCCCAGGGCGUUUCCUUCAUCCACACGAUGGGUUUUGUGGCCAUGAUGAUGUCGCCCCCGGUGGUUUACCUCUCCCAGGUGUCCUUUUCGCUCAUGCUAAUCAUCCUGGGAGCCCUUGGUAUAAUGGCCGGAGUACUGACCCUCUUCCUGCCGGAAACCCUCAAUCACCAACUACCUCAGACGCUGAGCGAAGGCAAUGUCUUUGGAAAGAAUCAGCGGAUGUGGCAUGCGCCGUGCUGUGGUCCAGGAGCGAGGCGAUCUACGCGCCGACACGUCUUGAAUCAGGGUUCCAGUCUACGAACCUUGUCGCGGGAUGAGUUCCGCUCCAACCGGAUGCUGCGUCGCACAAGUCCGCAACCCGUAAGCGAAAACACUUCGAUGGUGUCCACCAGAAGCGCCGACGAAAAGGAAAUUCGAACUUAUGAAUAUAAGUAGAGGCCAGGAAAUCAGGACAGAAAGGUCUGUCUUCUUUAAGAAGAAUUCAGUGCAUCUUUGUGGGUUCCAUAUUUAAGUUAUCUGUAGUCUAUAAGGAACUUUGCCAUGGAUUAUAAUCUUAUAAUUAAAACUUCAACCAAACUUCGUAAAUAACGCAUUUACAGUUUGUUGAUAAUAUAAUGCCAUUUAAGUUUAAUGGAGCGCAGCUUUUCCUUUCCUAGGAACUGCA